UGCACAAGCCUGGGGCGCAUCGGGGACACGCACCCGGUCGCAGAGAGGGCUUCCGGGAGGCGGCGGGCGGGGGCCGGCGUCAGGUGGGCCGGACAGGCCCCGCCCCCUCGGCCGGCCCCACCUCCUCCCUGAGCACCGGCUCCGGGUCCGCGGCCCCGCGACUGCGGCUUCUGCUCGGGGAGGCGGCGGCGGCGGCGGCGGCGGCGGGAGCGGCCAUGGAGGCGGGCGCCGGGGCCGGCGCGGGAGCCGCGGGCUGGAGCUGCCCCGGCCCAGGACCCACAGUGACCACUUUAGGCUCCUAUGAGAUGUCUGAGGGCUGUGAGAGGAAGAAAGGCCAACGAUGGGGGUCCUUGGAACGGCGUGGAAUGCAAGCUAUGGAGGGGGAGGUAUUACUCCCAGCUCUGUAUGAGGAAGAAGAGGAAGAGGAGGAAGAAGAGGAAGAAGAAGUGGAAGAAGAAGAAGAACAAGUACAGAAAAGUGACAGUGUGGGCUCCCUGUCGGUCAGCAAGCACCGGGGCCUGAGUCUCACAGAGACUGAGCUGGAGGAGCUGAGGGCUCAGGUGCUCCAGCUGGUGGCAGAGCUGGAGGAGACCCGUGAGCUGGCUGGUCAGCAUGAGGACGACUCCCUGGAGCUGCAAGGACUCCUGGAAGACGAAAGACUGGCCAGUGCCCAGCAGGCUGAGGUGUUCACCAAGCAGAUCCAGCAGCUCCAAGGUGAGCUGCGGCAUCUCCGGGAGGAGAUUUCCCUGUUAGAGCGUGAGAAAGAAAGUGAACUUAAAGAAAUAGAACAGGAAUUGCACUUGGCCCAUGCUGAGAUCCAGAGUCUACGGCAAGCUGCAGCAGAUUCCGCGACUGAGCAUGAGAACGACAUGGCAUCUCUGCAGGGAGAUCUCUGCAGGUUACAGAAUGAACUUGAUGACAUGGAGCGAAUUCGGGGGGAUUAUGAGAUGGAGAUCACCUCUCUCCGUGCGGAAAUGGACUUGAAGAACUCAACUGAACCAUCUGAAAGUUUAAGUGUCUCUGAAUUCUCUGGGUUGCAAGAAGAAUUGCAGCAACUGCGGGAACGCUACCACUUUCUGAACGAGGAAUACCAGGCCCUGCAGGAGAGCAACAGCAGCCUAACGGGGCAGCUUGCUGAGCUGGAGAGUGAGAGGACACGAAGAGCAACAGAGAGGUGGCUGGAGUGCCAAACACUAAGGAAUAUGAUGUCAACAGAGUCUCAGACUUCAGAAAUGGAUUUCCUGGAGCCUGAUCCUGAAAUGCAGUUAUUGCGCCAGCAGCUGCUGGGAGCUGAGUCGCAGGUGCAUGACAUGAAGAACAAGUGUAAGGAAUUGUGUUGUGAGUUGCAAGAGCUACAGAAUCAUCGCCGGGUCAGCGAGGAGGAGCAGAGGCGGCUACAGAGGGAGCUCAAGUGCACCCAGAAUGAGAUGCUUCGUUUUCAGACCUCCCACAGCAUCGUCCAGAAUGAGGAGCUGAAGACCCGGCUCUGUGCCCUGCAGCAAAAGUAUGAUGCUAGUCAGGAUGAGCAGAAUGAGCUCUUGAAGGUGCAGAUGCAGCUUCAGACUGAGCUCCGGCAGCUCAAAACCGUCAAAUCCACAACCAUAGAUUGCCAAAAUGAGAAGGAGUGGCAGUGUCGGGUCCAGAAGCUGCAGCUCCAGCAUCACAGCAUCAUGUGUGAGAAGGAAAACCUGAUGGAAACACAGUGUCAACUGCAGGAGAAGUUGAAGUGCCAUGAGGCAGAGUUGCAGGGCCUCCGGAACAAAGUGGCCUGCUUGCAAGAGAGCAAUGAGAAGAAUGCAGGGGUACAAUGUCAGCUUCAAGAGAUGAAGGGGCUGUACCAGGCCAGCAAGGAUGAGCUGGAGCGGCAGAAGCAUAUGUAUGACCAGCUUGAGCAGGACUUCCUGCUUUGCCAGAUGGAACUGAGUGAGCUCAAGAACAGCCAGCCCCCUGAGGACAAAGGAAAGUGUGCCAACAAGUGUGAUGCACUGCUGUCCAGACUGACAGAAUUGCAGGAAAAGUUCAAGGCCAGCCAGAAGGAGAUGGGGCAACUGCAGAUGGAGCAGUGCGAGCUCCUGGAGGAUCAGAGGAGGCUGCAGGAGGAGCAGGGUCAGCUUCAGGAAGAGUUGCACAGGCUCACGUUCCCGUUGCCCAAAUGUGGCCUCUUCCGUAAGAGUCAGGAGCUGCUUAAAAAGUUACAAGACCUGUGUGAACUGCAGCUGCUCUACCAAGGCAUGCAGGAUGAACAAAGAAAACUGAUACAGAACCAAGAGUGUGUAUUAAAAGAACAGUUAGAGCUGCACAAAGAGUUGCGAGGUUUCAAAGAGUCUAAUUUCCAAGUGUUGGAGAAUCCUCAGGAUGCCAAAGGGCCUAAGUCCUCAAAUUUUGAGAACAAGUCCAAGUUGCUCAUGGACCAACUGCAGGCUCUGCAGAUGCUAUAUAACACCAGUCAGACAGAACAGGAGCUUCUGCAACAGGAGCAUGGGCGGCUCCUGGAGGAGCGGAAGAGGUUGCAGACUGACUUGCAACUCUGCCUGGAAGAAAUGCAGCUGAUUCAAAUGCAGUCCCCUACCAUAAGAAAGAGCCUUGAUUCCUACAAGAAUUCUGCCUGCAUUAUCCCCAGCAGUGAGAACUUUAACAGGAGUUAUGACAGCACUAUCGGUGACAACGGGAGCUAUCAAAAGAGUUAUGGUAGCGCUCAGGUUAGCAAUGAGAAUUUCCUCAGGAGCUAUGACAGCAACAUCAGUUCCGGCGAGGCCUAUAGGAGUUACCGCUCCAGCAGCAGCAGCAUCGCCUACAAGAAGAGUUAUGGCAGUGCCAGUAGCUCUGACACAUGUCACAAGAGUUAUGUCAGCAGCAGUGCUGAUGAGGACCCAGCUGAGCCUGAAGACAUAGAGCACUUUGAGGAAUUGGUGGCCAAGGUGCUGACCAAGCUGCAGGCAGUGCAGGCCCAGUACCAGGUGAGCCAAGAAGAUCACUGCCAGCUGCAAGAGCAGAUGAGCAAGCUGCUGAACAAGCAGAGAGAGCUGAAGAAAGAGCUGGACUGCUGCGAAAAGGAAUUCAAGGAGUGCAUGGAAAGCCUCGGGAAGUCUAUAGCCCCCCAAAACAACAAGAAUGAGAUCAAAGAACUGCAGAUCAAGCUGCGGGAGCUGCAGCUGCAAUACCAGGCUAGCAUGGACGAGCAGGGGCGGCUUCUGGCAGUGCAGGAGCAGCUGGAGGGGCAGCUGCAGUGCUGCCAGGAAGAACUCCGCCAACUCAAAGAGAAGACACCCUCCAGUAGCAAAGAAGCCAAGGGAAAGAAUGGCAAUAAAAACAGGAAUGCCAAUGGGGUUAAAAAGAAAAAGGUGGCCAAGCUGUGCUCGGACAGUUCUGUGGCUAGCUUUGAGAAUAGAAAGAGUCUGGAGAUGGUAUUGUACUAUGAGGCCAGCCAGACGCAAUUAAAUCAGCCAGCAAAAGAGGAAACGAAACAGGAGAUGGAAAAGGCACAAAAAGAAGAAACAGAUGAGAAGAACAAGGAUUCAUGGUAUGAGCUAGCUGCCAAGCCAGUAGAUCCUGGGGAAGUUAAGUCAACAAAAGAUCAGGAAGAAUAUGAAGAGUACAGAGAACAGAACGAUAAGGAAGAAGAUGAUGAGGAGGAGGAGGAUGACUCUUGUGAAACUCUCGAGGAAAACAGUCCCCUUAAACUUUCUGACAGCAAAAAGAACAUGUUUGGGAUGUGGAAGCCUAUGGUAUUCUUGGCUAUUGCAGCUGUGGCUCUGUAUGUGUUACCCAACAUGCGACCGCAGGAGACAGAGUUUUGCCUCAUGGAGUGAUGGCAGACCUGGGCCAGCCCAGGUGGCAGAUCCCCAGCGGCCAACACCCUCACUUUCGGGCGGGACAUACUAUGCCAGAGCCCCCACCCCAUCCAUGUGUCCCAUGUGUCCCCAUCUCCUUUUCCUUCAUCACUUAGGCUGGAAAGGCUUAUGGGAGCUGCUGGCUCCUGUUGGCUCCCACUUCCUGUCUUGUGUAAGAACUUGGGUUCCUUGUAAUUAAAUAUCAAACCAAGUACAUGAGACUUUGUGGCUUUUCAUUUGCUAAAUGCUUCACACAUGACCAGAACAGAGCAGUUUCCCUUCAAGUAUCUCACAUAAGAGUCGACUCCUAACUAAAUUUCUCACCCUCAGGUGUCAGAAAUGAGGCUGGCUCCCUGUGCUGCCAGCCUUGGGGAUCCCUGCAGGGAUUGAUCUGUACUUAUUAGCCCUAUCUCAAGGAACUCCUCUAAGCAUGGGGAAAUGGAAAGAACUGGGUACUUUGGCAGUAGGUGGACAAAAGACCUUCCCUUAGGUGCUGUGCACAACCCCAUCUUGGUGAAAAGAAUGCUCUAAAGAAGAUCUGCAAGGGAGCCUGUGUGGCUUAGUCUGUGAUUCAAGGGAUUCACUGAUGUGAGUUUUUAAGCAGGAAAGGUCUUGGCUGUAAACAGGAUACUGGAAGCUUUAAAGAGAGUUUAAUGAAGGAACUAUUACAGAAAGCAGAGUUAGAAGAAUCAACAAAAAACUGGGAAGUACCCUGGCCCUAGCAACAAUGGAAAUCUGUUACCACCCUAGGCUGGAGGGGGAAAGAGAGAGCUGGAGUCCUGAAAAGGGCGCAGACAGGAGUGUUGUGCCAGAACCAUAAUGAAGUGGUUGGGUUCUUUAGUCCCUUACCCUUUUCCUCCUCCUGUCUGCUUCCUAGUGGUACCUCUCACGGGCUGAGCCCAGCAGGGAACCAGAGAGCAAAGGUGCUCCAGUGUUGUAAUCUUUCAAGGUCAGCCUCCUGGAGCUCAGAGCAGGAAAGAGGAUUGAGACCAGACCUGAGCAGCAUAGCUAGGAAAAAUUUAUAUAUGUCCCUUCAUUUUUCUGAAGCCCUUUCCCAGGGAGGAGUAGCAAUGAAGCAUAUUUUCACAUUGUAUACCGCCUAAAGGAGUGACACAGCUGAACUGAGAGUACUUCCUUGCAGGUCUGGGGUCAAGGGCUGACAUUGUGACCAGCCCCUCAUAAACAUGACUGCAACUAUGUAGCAAGCUGAGAAUGAUGUCACAUGUCCUUUUCACCUCUGACUCUUCCUUGAAGAUUGUCCUGAUUUAGGGUCCUCCAGACCCUUGCUACUCCAUUCCAUGUGACCCAGGAAUCAGCAGCAUCAGCAUCACCUGGUGCUUAUUAGGAAGGAAGGCAGAGUCUCAGGCCCAUUGCAGAUCUCCUGACACAGAAUCUGCUUUAUGACAAGCCUCCAGAGAUUAAUAUGCCCAGUGAGAUUGGAGAAGCACUGCCCUCUCCCGGUAUACAUUUCCACUUGUAAACUAAUUCAAGAAAUUCCUCCACAGCCAUUAGCCACUUGUAUUUGAGGGCAGUGACACCCUGCUUUUUUAUCCACUUUACCCCAUCACCAGUUGCCUGGAAAACACAUGUUGAAAAGGACUGGAAGAUUACUAUAGCUAAGCACUAUGAUCUAGAUGUUUCUUGUCCCCCCAAAAUUCAUGCUAAAUUCUAAUCCCUGAGAUGAUGCAAUUAAGAGGUGAGUCAGAGUGCUCCUCCGUGGGGAUCAGUGCCUUAGAAAAGAGACCCACAGAAAUCCCUCACCUCUUCUGCAGUGUAAGGUUACAGUGAGAAGAUGACUGUCUAUGACGGAGACAUCACCAUACACAGAAUCUUAGACUUUCCAGCUUCCAGGACUGUGAAGAAUAAAUUCUGUUAUUUAUAAGCCAUUCGGUUGCUAUUUUUUUCAAUAGCAGUUCAGACAGCUACACCACCAAGGAUCACUGAUUUCAUUUGAAAUUAGAAUCUAGAAGGAGGUCAGGUUCUAGUAGGCAGUAUGUCCAAUCAGGGGACCUGAACCUAGAGCCUGGGUAAUGACAGGAAUGUGGACCUGCCUUCCCCCAGCCUUUUUGUUUAGAAAACAGAGCUCUUCCCUUUAGGACACUUGGCGCUUCUGAUCAUUUUAGAACCUCUCUCUCUUCAUUUGGCUUGAACUUGUUGCCUUUUGGUCCUGUUGAUCCUGUAUUACCAGAGCAUGUGAAAGAAAGGUUUUUUUUUUUUUUGUGAAAUGUGAAAUAUUCACUUGAGCUAGCUUUAAAAGGCAGGGGGAAGGCACUGAUUUUAAGUCUACAGGGGUGUGUUUUAGCAGCCAGAGGCAGUCAUGUACCCGAGUCUGGAUACAGCUAGAACCAAUGGUUCCAAACUGUUCAGGAGCCUCCAUCUCUCCUAGCUUUCUACUGCCUGCUUUCUACUCUAUCCCUGCAGACCAGGCCCCUCUGCUGUCCCUGUCCAGCCUGCCACCUGCCCAUCCUACCAAAGACCAGGUACUAUUGGAGGCUGGGUAGAUGGCUCUAAAAGUCAGAACUGAUGUUUCUGAUUCUAGCAGGCUGAGUGGGCUGAGUGUUAGGAUGCAGGAAGGAGCAAAGGGAGUAGCAUAGAGAUCCAGGCUGUGGAAGGGCCUAACUCUCCAGAACCCACUGGGUUGCCCAGAUGACAGCAGAAGCAAACUAAAUUUUUUAAUCCCAGCCAGACACUGGUGGCUCACGCCUGUAAUCCUAGCUACUCAGGAGGCAGAGAUCAGUAGGACUGAGAUUCAAAGCCAGCCCAG